AUGCGAAGUCUGGUGUAUCUGUUAGCCCUGGCUGGGCUUACUACGAAAUCGCUAGGGCAGCAGAAGCAGCAACAGCCGCUUUCUGCGACCGCCAAGCCCAACGUCGUCUUCAUAUUAACCGAUGAUCAAGACGCCCAUCUCGCCUCUUUGGAUUACAUGCCUUAUGUACAAAAGCACCUCCUAGACAAAGGAACACACUAUCGCAGUCAUUACUGUACAACCAGUGUCUGUUGUCCAUCGCGUGUGACCCUUUGGACGGGAAAGCUGGCCCACAAUACGAACGUCACGGAUGUCAAUCCUCCGCAUGGCGGCUAUCCAAAAUUCAUCUCUCAAGGUCUAAAUGACAAUUAUCUCCCUGUUUGGCUGCAGGAAGCGGGGUACAACACCUACUACACUGGUAAACUGUUCAACGUCCACACGGUCGACAACUACAACGCCCCCUUCCCAGCUGGGUUCACCGGCAACGACUUCCUCCUCGAUCCAUUCACAUACGACUACCUUAACAGUACCUUCCAACGAGACCACGAAAUACCCCAAAGCUACGAAGGCGAAUACAGCACUGAUGUCCUCGCACAAAAGGCAUAUCGCCUCCUCAACGAAGCAGUCACGGCCCAAAAGCCCUUCUUUCUCACGGUUGCUCCAAUUGCACCGCAUUGCAACGUUUUCAUGAAUGGAACUGGCUUAGACGCCAACCCUAAAUUCAGCUUCAGCGCACCUAUCCCCGCGAAGCGACACGAGCACCUAUUCCCAGAUGUCAAAGUUCCCCGCACCCCCUCCUUCAAUCCGGAAAUCCCUUCAGGCGCCAACUGGAUUAAGACUCUCAAGCGACAAAACGAUACUAAUGUUGACUACAACGAUCAUUUUUACCGCCAGCGUCUACGCACCCUCCAGGCCGUUGACGAGCUGGUUGAUGGCUUAUUUACACGUUUGAAGGAAUACAAUAUCCUUGACAAUACAUAUAUAGUCUAUAGUAGUGACAAUGGAUACCACAUUGGUCAACACCGACUUCAGCCAGGCAAGUCGUGUGGAUACGAGGAAGACAUCAAUGUUCCUUUGAUUAUUCGUGGUCCCGAUAUCGCGCAGAAUGUAUCUACGGAUAUUGUCACCACGCAUACGGAUCUUGCUCCCACUUUUCUCGAGCUGCUGGGUAUUCCCCUUCGAGAGGACUUCGAUGGCAACCCUAUUUCGUUGACGAGGAGCCAGAUCGAGAGGGCCCAAGAAGAGAGACAGGAACAUGUCACGGUUGAAUAUUGGAGAUAUGCGGCGGGCGAGGUUGACCUAUCGGCAUACAACAACACAUACAAAGCCCUCCGCAUCAAGGGAAUUGGAUAUAAUCUUUACUAUUCCGUUUGGUGUAACAAUGAGCAUGAACUCUAUGAUAUGACUACUGACCCUCAUCAACUUCAUAAUCUCCUUUCCGCAAUUGAACAACCCAGUGCGACCUCUCACACCAUCUUAAACGUUGAUCUUUCCAAAGUCGUUCAGCGACUCGACUCCCUUCUUCUCGUGCUCAAGUCCUGCAAGGCCCAAGUAUGCGUCAAGCCAUGGGACGCCUUGCAUCCGCGUGGGGAGGUUAUGACGUUGAAAGACGCGUUGGAUGUGCACUACGAUCAUUUCUAUGAGGUGGAGCAGACGACGCGGGUCCAGUUUAACGAGUGUGCGCGUGGAUAUUUCCUAGAUGCGGAGGGCCCGCAAUUUGACUCAGGGACAGAUUAUGAGGUUCUUCGAGAUGGUUUGCCGUGGUAUGAGUGGGUUUAA